ACACUGCGUCAUUACCAGGCGCCCACAGCGGCGCUUCCUUGGCGUUGGUGUUGGGUUUGGGCCGAGACGCUGUUAUUAAUCCUAAUAAAGGGAAUUAAUCGGACUAAUAAUGCCGAAGGUCGUGUCCCGCAGUGUGGUGUGUUCCGACACGCGGGACAGAGAGGAGUACGACGACGGAGAGAAGCCGCUGCAUGUGUAUUACUGCCUGUGCGGUCAGAUGGUGCUGGUUCUGGACUGCCAGCUGGAGAAAUUGCCCAUGAGGCCAAGGGACAGGGCGCGAGUGAUCGACGCAGCGAAACACGCCCACAAGUUCUGUAACGUGGAGGAGGACGAGAGCGUGUACCUGAAAAGGCCGGAGGGGAUCGAGCGGCAGUACCGCAAGAAGUGUGGAAAGUGUGGUCUCCUCCUGUUCUACCAGCACCAGAUGAAGAACACUCCGGUGACGUUUAUAGUGGACGGAGCUGUGGUCAAGUUUGGCGAAGGUUUCGGUAACACCAGCGUCUACAGCCAGAAGCAGGAUGCUCCGAAGAAAGUCAGGGUGAUGAUGACGAAGCGCACCAAAGACAUGGGCAAGUUCAGCUCCGUUACCGUGUCAACCAUCGAUGAGGAAGAAGAGGAGAUCGAGGCGCGGGAAGUGGCCGACUCAUAUGCUCAGAACGCUAAAGUCAUCGAGAAACAGCUGGAGAGGAAAGGCAUGAGCAAGAAGCGGCUGCAGGAACUGGCUGAACUAGAAGCUAAGAAGGCCAAGAUGAAGGGAACACUUAUCGAUAACCAGUUCAAAUAGUGUGUGUGUGUGUGUGUGUGUGUGUGUUUAUAUGCAUAUCGCUGUUGACGGAAGGAAAACCUUGUUUUUCUCCAAAAUGGUAACUUUUUAGAAGGAAAAAAUCCUACAUUACUUUCAAUGUAAGUCAAUGGAACUAGAAUUUUUACCGAGACAUUUUUGGCCGUUUAUUUUAGUCCAUCCUUCCUGAAAUUUACACACAAUAUAAAGGCUAACAUGCAUUUUCAAAUUAUGUCAAAAACUGAAAAUCAACAAAAAUGGAGAUACGAGGUUUUGUUCCGACAACAGCGAUAUGUUUAUAUAGACAUGCACUGUGAAACAAAACAAACAAAAAAAGCAAUACAUUGAAUUUACUUGGCUAAAAUAACGUGUAUGUUUUUCCACAUCGAUUAAUUAGAGCAGUCAGAAAUAUUACUGUCCUUCAGCUUUGGCAUGUGCUAUUAAGUCCUUCUAUAGGUAGCAUUUAAAUAAAGUGUUCAUGUGAAGCUGGUCUAUACAUUUACCUUUUUGGGAAGUGUGAGUGUGUGUGGGUGAUUUGUUGUGAGAUGAUAUGAGCAAAAGUGUUUUUCUAUACCAGCCAAUAUUUGCUUAAUUUGUAAAUAUUUGCAGUUCUGCUUUUGUUUCUUUUUAAUAAAAUUUUGCACAGAACAAA